AUGCCCGCCUCAAGGGCAGUCCCGGGAGUCAAGAAUAGGCAAGGGAAGCCUAUAGGUACCGGGACUAGCUCGAACAAGAGGAAGGCAGACCGCCUUGCAAGGUUCGGCCCAGGGUCGGACCAAGGAGGUCUGCAGUACUCUCAAGCAGCUGCAGCUGAAAGGGAGGAGGCUGCAGCUGAAAGGGAGGAGGAGAAGCUCGACCCUAGAAAUAGGGUCGGGCAGUGGUGGACCCCUGAGCAGUGGAACCAGUGGGAAGAAGACUGGCGGGUCUGGCACCAGCACCGCGACUCUCGAAACAGAGUCGAGGAGGCCAAGUGGUGGGAAAAAGACCACGACGACGGCGAGGACUCCAGGUGGUGGUCGGGUGACAAGCCGCAGGAGCCAGCAAGCUACAGCAGCGGUGCUGGCUGGGCAGAGCCUUGGCCCAGAGAGUGGGGGUCAAGCUGGGGAAAGGAGUGGGAGCCCUACUCGAAACAGUGGGGCUCUCAAGAGCCUUACAAGGCAAGCCCUAGAAACAGGGCUGAGGAGACUGAGGACGAGCUGAUGGAAGCGAGGCCCGAGCCGGUAGUUUUGAGGGAAGCCCGGCGAGGAAGGCGGCACCGAGCCACCAGCACUUCCUCCGAGGCCAGCCGCUCCCGCACACCACCACGGCUGGACCCGGUGCCACCUGAAGGCAUCGAGAUAGGGAAGCAGCAGCAGCCCAAGGGAUCUGUCGGCAAGGCAGUUCAGGGCAAGGGCAAGGCUGUUGCUGCCGAAGGUGUGCCAGCAGCCAAGGAGCCGGAGCCGGACACAGCUCCCGACCCUAGAAAUAGGGCUGAGGUGCUCCAGGCGGCCAAGCUGUGCUUGGACUGGCACCAAGUCCUGCAGCUGGAGCUGGGGAAGGAGAACGAGAUCCGGCCGAUGUGGAGUGCUUCCGUGCGAGCACUCAAGCAAGCGGGCUGGGAAGUCUUUAUAAUCUCCUUCGUCACUCCGACUCACAACGAGGCGAGAGUGCAGGAGAUGUACAGGAUGCUGGAGGCAGCCAAUAUCCGGGACCAGGUGACUGGGGUUUGGACCUGCCCUGAAAGGGGCGGGCCAAACGGGAAAGUCGCCCUGGCAACCAGUCUUGGCUGCUCUUUGAUCCUGGACGACAAUCCAGUGAUCCUGCAGGAAGCCCUUGAAAAAGGGUUGAAGGUGUUCGCGAUCACCACGAAAAGAGAGCGGCACCAGGACCUGGCCAAGAAGCCCGGUGUGCGAGUGUUCCGAGACCUCUGUGUGGCCACGGAAGCAAUUCUGUGUCAGAUGAUAGACUGCAGAGACUUGUAA